AUGAAGACCGCCGCUCUCUCGCUGCUCCUGUUGGCGCUGGUUGGUCUGGUCGCCGCCUGGUCCAAAGAAGACUACGAGAUCUUCCGCCUCCGUGAUGAGCUCGCGACAGCUGAAGGUGCCAAUGUGACCUUUUACGAUUUCCUCGAGGUCCGCCCCAAUGCCAACCAAGAACAAAUCGUCAAGGCCCACCGCAAAAAGUCCAAGAACCUGCAUCCAGACAAGGUCCGCCGCUCCUUCAUCGCCAAUUACUCCAAGGACAAGUCCAAGGCCAAGUCCUCCAAGGGCGUGAACGUGAACAAGGGGCCCUCCAAGCGCGAAGUUGACGCCGCCAUCAAGGACGCCAAUGCCCGCUCUGCACGUCUCAAUCUCGUCGCCAAUGUGCUCAAGGGUCCCGGCCGCGAGCGCUACGAUCACUUCUUGAAGAAUGGCUUCCCGCUCUGGAAGGGAACAGGUUACUACUAUGAUCGGUUCCGCCCGGGUCUGGGCUCUGUGCUGCUGGGCUUGUUCUUGGUCUUUGGCGGCGCGGGGCACUAUGGUGCCUUGUACCUGGGCUGGAAGCGUCAGCGCGAGUUUGUCGAUCGGUAUGUUCGUCAGGCUCGCCGUGCUGCCUGGGGUGAUGAGCUGGGUGUGCGUGGUAUUCCCGGCUUGGACUCGGCUAGUGCCACUGCCCCGGCUCCUGCUCCCGAGGCCCCUGAGGCUGGCGCGGUGGCUAUGAACCGUCGCCAGAAGCGCAUGAUGGACAAGGAGAACCGCAAGGAAAAGAAGAGUGGUCGGGCGAAUGGGCGUGGUGUGGGCUCAGCUUCGGCCUCGGGUACCUCGACUCCUACUGAGCAGCCUGUGUCUACCGGGGAGCGUAAGCGUGUCGUGGCCGAGAAUGGCAAGGUGCUGAUCGUUGACUCGAUUGGCAAUGUCUUCCUUGAGGAGGAGUCUGAGGAUGGCGAGAAGCAAGAGUUCUUGCUGGAUGUCAAUGAGAUUCAGCGUCCGUCGAUGCGGGACACUGUGAUUUUCAAGCUGCCCUUGUGGGCGUACCGCAAGACCGUGGGUCGCGUGCUCGGCUCGUCUCAGCCUGUUGAGGAGGAAGAGGAAGUUCAAGCUACGGAGCUCGUUGACGCAGUCACCGAGGCCACUGCUACUACCAAGGCGUCUGCCCGUCGUCGGGGAAAGCGUAACCAACGGUAG